AAUUUAGUGGAAGCACUCACUCGUUGACAAGCCUCACUUGCCAAACAGGAUUGCGCGAUGCUGUUGUCUCGCUUGCGUUAGAGAGAAAGCAGGGAGACAAUAGCUAAGAAAUCAGAAGCACUCUUGGGGCUCAGGCUCGGCGGCCAAACGGAGCGGGGUGGCCCCUGCCCGCUCUGGCCGAGUCCCUGCUCCUGCCGGCCAAAGGCGGACGCGGCUCCGUGCGGGGCGAGCCGGGCGCUCCGUGCGCGGCGCUGGAGCGGCCAAAGGCGGCCCCGCCCCGCCCGUCCCGCCCCGCCGCGGGCCGGGGCCGGGGCCGAGCGCUCGGGCGGGCGGCGCUCAGGAUGCUCGGGCAGCGCCGCGGGCCGGGCGGGCGCGAUGGAGCCGCCUGAGGGCUGGGAGCCCUACGGGCGGCCGGGCCGGCGCACGCAGCGGCUGCUCAGCGCCCUCGGCCGCCGCUACGGGCUGGAGCGCGGCGUGGAGAACGAGACCGUCGUGCUGGCCGCCGGCCCGGAGCAGCACCUGCAGGAGAUCUUCCAGCGCCUGCACUGCGCCGGGGCGGGCCGCAUCCCCGGCGAGGAGCUCCGCACGCUGUGCCGGGUGCCGGGGCCGCAGGAGGCGGCGGAGCCCGAGCGGUGCGCGGGGCUGUGGGACGGGCUCUCGGCCGAGCUCACCUUCCGCCACUUCCACGCGCGGCUCCGCGGCCACUUCAGCACCCGCGCGGGGCCGCGGCUGCCGCUGGGCCGGGAGAGCGAGCGCAUCGAGAGCCAGAUCCGCCCGCGCAGCCCCCGCCGCCGCCGCGCCCGCCCCGCCGAGCCCGAGCGGCGGCCGCCGGGGCCCUGCUCCCGGGAGCGCUGCCAGGAGACGGUGGCGCUGGAGCGGGCCGAGGAGCGCAUGGCCGAGCUGCUCGAGGAGAAGGGCAGCCUGCGGGAGCUGCUGGAGGACAUGCGGGCCGCCCUGCGGAGCAGCGAUGCGCGGUGCCUGGCGCUGCAGUCUGUUGUUGGCCCCAGGAAGAUGCUGCUUGGAUUCUGCAGACCCCAUGCGUUGGUACCAAGCUGAAAGUUCUCUGGUGCUCCACAGCAGCCCAGUUACCCACAGGUGGGCCCAGAGCAGCUCCAGAAGCGCCACGGGAUUCUGACAGAUGAAUUUCUGUCCCUCAGGAAAGCAGAGCCAGUUCUGAAGGUAAAGGGUCUCACCCUGCACCCACCUUUGCACAGCAGCAGCUGUCCCAUGCUUUGUGGAAGGCACAUAAUGUGUGACAAUCUUCAUUCAGCACAACACUUCUGCAAGUAUAAAUAUUUGUUAAAAUUAGUGUUGUUAGCACUGGCUUAGUCAAUCUUAGUGAAACCCUGGGCACAAAAUCAUUUUUUAUUGUAGUUGGGUUUUUUUGGUUCUUUGCUUUGGUGCUCAGAGAUAAUGGAGGAAGGGGUAGGUGUUCUGUUCAACUUGCCUGUCAGUGUUCAGCGAGCAAGGAAAAAAGAAGUUUUUCACCAGCUGGUUUAGGAGUUCUAAAAGCAAUUGUGAUGUCCCUAAUGAGGGGGUGGGGGCACUGCUAACAGCCUGGAUUGUCCCCACUGUUCCCUCUUCACCACAGUGCUGUGUAGAUCCAGAGCCUUGUACCUUCGACCUGAUGGUGCAAAAAUCCCCCCAACAUCCCUCCGUUUGCAAAAAGAAAGGCUUUGUGCUCAUUAACAUGAAAAGCUGUAUGGGUGGCCUGCAGCUAAUGUUCUUCUGUUGGCUGGAGCCCAGUCAGUGUUCACAUCAAAAUUACUGACCCAGCCCUGAGCUGCUCUUAAAACUGGUUUGAUCAAAGAGACUGAAGCUCUGGUGACUACAAAUCCUCUAGGAAAACAAACACAGCAACUAUGAGAAUUUUGGUGACAAAAGCAGAGUUGAACCUUUGAGGCCACCUCAAUGCCACCUCCCCUCACCCUUUUGUUUUUAAUUUAUUUAACGUUCUUAGUUCCAGUCCUUGCAUGAAAUGGGCUCUCAGCAACGAGCUGCUGGGGUUCCUCGGCGUGUCCCUUUGUGCUCCCAGUGCUCCUGGUCUGCUUUGGCUGGGAAACCUGUCCAUGGUGCACUCUGUGUCUGUUUCCUGUCAUUCCAAUGCACAGCUACAGGAAUGUAGCUUGGCAGAGAAACACUUGGAGUAUUUUAUUGGAUAACUUACAUCUUGCACUUCAUGACAUUGUGUUAAUCAUGAAAUAGAUAAACCUAGAAAAACCUCGGGCUGUGGCACUUAUCUGGUUGGGCGUUAUGCGUUGUGUUGUUGCAGUGUUGUGUUGUUACUUACCGUUUGUUUUAAGCUGUUCUUGUUGAAUCUUGUUGAAUCCCCAGUUUCAGUCUCUUGUGCUCCGAGUUGUACCUUCCACCACAGUUCCUGUAUCCUCAGUUUCCCCCUUACCUUCCGUCGAGCAAGGCCUCUGCUGCUUCCCACGUGCCCAGCAAACUGGUGACGCUGCCCAAUAAUAAACAAAUUGAGAGACUCCCAUGAUGCUUAGCUCUAAGGCAGAAGUUUGAUUAACACCAAAAAUCCCUAAAAGCAACAAGCAGGCAUGAGAUCUAAAUCUACAAGAGACACCAUUAAGUGUGCAUAACAUCAAGCUAUGCAUGGAUAGUUUCCAUCUUCGCACAGUCACCUCACCAUCACCUGGAAAGCAUCACGACAGGAUGACUCCCUAGACUACGCGAGCCAAAGUGCAUUCCUGGGAACCCACGUGAGGACGCAACCCUGGAUUCUGCAGCGUGAGCAGUGGAUUUGACUUGCACCUCCUCCUCAUUGGUAUCCAGUGGGAGCAGCAGCGGUGUGCGCAGCCCCUCAAGUUCCCCUUCCCAUAGCUGUCUUAAUAAAGACCUUUGAAAAGGAGAUUUCUAUCCUGUCCCUGUUUUUAAAAAUCAGACUCUGUCAUAUCACGAGUUCCUGGAACACAUUUUCAAACCUUCCAGCUGUAGCCCAAGGGAAGCUGUUUCUGUCUUGCAUCACAAAAUUGGCAGGUUUUUUGCAAAGACAGUCCUUUAAAAAGGACUUGUUGCAUGGAUUGACAUCCAAGGGGUUGCUUUCAAAGACAGACAAAAAACGCAUGAACAAACAGCAACCAACCGUACCACAUAUUAAAAACAAGUACUUUCUUUUUAGCUCUUACUAUUAAUAUUUUCCAAGCUGGUCUCCUCUUCCACUGCAGUGGUUUUUUUUUUGGACAGAAAAAUACCCUUGCCCGAUGAUGUGACUUAACAAGGCAAACAGAACUUACACACAAUGGAUAUAUUACAGCUAAACAUGCAGAGUCCCAUUUCACAAUCAUCACAAUUUAUUUUCUGUUUCUUUUGUUUUCAGAAGGGUGAUGUUGCGGCGCGUGUUUAUUUUAUCCAGUUUAUUGUUAUAAUAGUUUGUUCCUGUGCACCCCUGUGUUUUCCCCGGUUGGUUUGUCCCCAAGUCGUAUCCACCCCUGAAACUCCCCCGUUUGGCAUUGCCCGCCCCUUGUCCCAGUUCCUGCCUGUCCAUCAUUGUAACUCCGCCCCUUGUUCCAGCACCUUCCUUGUCAGUCCCACCCUGGGCCAAUCCCGUGUUGCUCCGCCCCCUUGGAAAUCCCCUGUUCCUCGACGCCCCAUUGGCCCACGUGACCGUUUCUCCUCCCCCUGCUGCCCUCAUUGGUUCAGCUCUGUGAGACCCUGCCCUCCGCUCCGCCCUAAGGAUGCCUCAGUGCUGAAGUGUUUGUACACACGCCCUGCUUUGCCCCGUGUUUAAUCCUGGGCACAGAAAUGCUGUUUGUUACUGAAUCCUGCAGUCCUAAUAAAUGUGUUGCAACCUC